CCAAAGUUGGACUCGAGUUGGAGAGAGAAAAGGCGAGAAUGUAGCAUUGGGUAAAAGAUAUCAAAGACCAUAGCAGUUGAUAGUGAUGGAGAGAAGCGUAUCCGGGAAAAUCUAUAAAAUUCGAUUCAAUUUUUUACUUUUGGACGCACGAAAUAUUAUAAAAUUUCCAAUAAAAAAAAGGUACAAAUCGGGGGAGAGAGCUCGCAGUAAGAGAACAAUAAUGGGAAUGGGCAAUACUUGAUCUGUGAGGAGAGAAGAGUUAGGGUGCAAUACAAUGUACAGUCCUCGCACAACUCAUUACAGAUAUGAAUUGGGCAUCCAACAAUCCCCAAGAAAAUCGGUAGAGAACCCAGAAGCACAGAAAGGCGAUUCUUACGAGCUGGGUACCGCACAAUCGCCGAGAAAAUCAGUAGAGAAGCGAGAAGAGCCCAGAAAAAGCGAUUCUUAUGAACUGGGUAUUCAACAAUCAUCAAAAAGAAGCGAUUUUUGGCGGUCGGCCUUGAUGGGUUUCGCUAAGAUGCAGCAACAGCUGAGCCGCAAAAGCAGCCAUCAGCUUCAGCAUUCGGUGGCAGUGAAGGGAAACAACAGUAAUGAUCAAAUCGGUACAAAAAGAGGGUCAACGUUCAUUCAAUCGAAUCGGGCUUUGUUGCCGAAAGCUCUCAUUCUGUGGAUCAUGGUGGUGGCGGUCAUCAGCAAAUGUAUCUACACGUCAAUGGACAAUGAUAACAAAGUCAGAAGAAGAGAGGUGCUGGUGAGUAUGUGUGAUCAACGGGCAAGGAUGCUGCAGGAUCAGUUCAGUGUCAGUGUCAACCAUGUUCAUGCUCUUGCAAUUCUCGUCUCCACUUUUCAUUAUAGCAAAAGCCCAUCUGCAAUCGAUCAGGAGACGUUUGCAGAAUAUACAGCAAGAACAGCAUUUGAGAGACCGUUGCUGAGCGGAGUGGCCUACGCAGAGAAAGUGGUGAAUUCUGAGAGGGAGACAUUCGAGCGGCAGCACAAUUGGGUCAUAAAGACAAUGGACAGAGAGCCUUCGCCUGUCCGGGACGAGUAUGCUCCCGUCAUAUUCUCUCAAGAGAGCGUCUCUUAUCUUGAAUCACUCGACAUGAUGUCAGGGGAGGAGGAUCGGGAAAACAUCUUGCGUGCAAGGGAAACAGGAAAAGCUGUCUUGACCAGCCCUUUCAGGUUGCUGGGUUCUCACCAUCUCGGUGUUGUCUUAACGUUCCCUGUCUAUAAAUCUAAACUUCCUAAGAACCCAACCGUGGAAGAUAAAGUUCUAAACUUUUGCUUAAUAUAUUUUAGGUACCUUGGUGGUGCAUUUGACGUUGAGUCUCUUGUUGAGAACUUACUCGGCCAGCUUGCUGGGAACCAAGCAAUACUUGUGAAUGUGUACGAUAUCACCAAUGUGUCAGAUCCACUGGUAAUGUACGGCAAUCCAGACGAAGAAGGUGAUACCUCUCUCUCGCACGAGAGCAAGCUCGAUUUUGGAGAUCCCUUCAGGAAGCAUACAAUGAUUUGCAGAUAUCAACAGAAGGCGCCCACCUCGAUAAGCGCCCUCACGACUGUGUUCUUGUUCUUUACGAUCGGUUUACUGGUUGGUUAUAUACUGUAUGGAGCGGCCAUCCACAUUGUCAAAGUAGAGGACGAUUUUCACGAGAUGCAAGAGCUGAAAGUCCGGGCAGAGGCUGCUGAUGUUGCCAAGUCACAGUUUCUGGCCACUGUGUCUCACGAGAUUAGAACACCCAUGAAUGGAAUUCUCGGAAUGCUUGCUAUGCUUCUGGAUACAGAACUAAGCUCAACACAGAGGGAUUACGCUCAAACUGCUCAAGUUUGUGGAAGGGCACUGAUCGCAUUGAUAAACGAGGUCCUUGAUCGUGCCAAGAUUGAAGCCGGCAAGCUUGAGUUGGAGUCUGUACCUUUUGACAUCCGGUCAAUAUUAGAUGAUGUCCUCUCUCUGUUUUCUGAAAAAUCGAGGAACAAAGGUAUCGAGCUAGCGGUGUUUGUUUCCGAUAAGGUACCAGAGAUAGUAAUAGGAGAUCCAGGGAGAUUCAGACAGAUAGUUACAAAUCUUGUCGGAAAUUCUGUGAAAUUUACAGAUAAAGGACAUAUCUUUGUCAAAGUUCAUCUUGCUGAGCAAUCUAAAGAUGAAACCGACCUGACAAUGGAUAAUACAUUGAACGGAGGAGGAUCAGAGGAAAUGGCCGUUUCCUUCAAUGGGUUGAAGUUUAAAACGCUGAGUGGUUAUGAAGCGGCCGACGAUAGGAACAGCUGGGAUUCAUUCAAACACUUAGUCUCCUGUGAGGAAUCACAGUUCUACACUUCAGCAACUGCGAAUGGAAGCAUUUCAAAUGACAUUACGUUAAUGGUCUCUAUCGAAGACACGGGUAUUGGAAUUCCGUUAUCUGCUCAAGGCUGUGUUUUCAUGCCAUUCAUGCAAGCUGACAGCUCGACUUCAAGAACCUACGGUGGAACUGGGAUUGGUCUGAGCAUCAGUAAGUGUCUCGUCGAACUUAUGCAUGGUCAGAUCAGUUUCAUUAGCCGGCCGCAAGUAGGAAGCACCUUCUGGUUCACAGCUGUGUUUGAGAAGUGCAACAAAAACACGACCUGUGAUUUGAAGAAAUCUAAUGUAGAAGAUCUUCCCUCAAACUUUAGAGGAUUGCGAGCUAUAGUGGUUGAUACAAAACCCGUCAGAGCUGCUGUGACCAGAUACCAUAUGAAAAGACUUGGAAUUCACGUCGAUGUUAUACCAAGUCUCAAAACCGCAAUUACAACUGCGUGUGGAAGAAACGGUUCUCUUACAUCUGGAGUAAUAAAACAGCCGGAUUUGAUUCUCGUGGAGAAGGAUUCUUGGAUUUCAAGUGAAGUUGGCUAUUCAGACAUUCGUCUGUUGGAUCCAAGGCCAAACGGGCAGGCUCAUAGGCCACCGAAACUCGCCCUUCUGGCCACAAACAUCGGUAAGUUUGAGUUUGACAGAGCAAAGGCAACAGGGUUUGCGGAUACGGUGAUAAUGAAGCCGUUGAGGGCAAGUAUGAUAGCGGCUUGUCUGCAGCAGAUUCUUGAGCUGAGAAAGACGAGGCAGCCCGAAAAAGAUUUGGCAGAUGGGUCUCGGAUGACACUCAAGAGCUUGCUCACUGGGAAGAAGAUUCUGGUGGUGGAUGACAACGGAGUGAACCGGAGAGUAGCCGCUGGGGCACUCAAGAAGUUCGGAGCCAACAUUGAGUGCGCUGACAGCGGGAAAUCUGCUUUGGCAUUGCUUCAGAUUCCUCACAAAUUUGACGCAUGCUUCAUGGAUAUUCAAAUGCCUGAGAUGGACGGAUUUGAAGCCACCAGACAGAUAAGGAUGAUGGAAAAGCAAGCGAAUGAGCAGACAAAAGCGGAGUUGCAUAUGCCGAUACUAGCUAUGACUGCGGACGUGAUCCACGCUACCUAUGACGAGUGUCUGAAAAGCGGCAUGGACGGUUAUGUCUCGAAACCCUUCGAAGAGGAAAAUCUCUACCAAGCCGUGGCGAAGUGCUUCAAAGCCAAACCCAUCUCAGAUUCGUAGAAAAAGAACGUUACAACAUCUGUGGAAAUAAAAGUAGGGCAGCAGAGUGAAGCGUCAUCAACUGCCAGCCCCUGCAGAUUUCCUCGGUCUUCAGACAGCAUGGGCAAGGAAAAUCAUAGGAAAAGAUCGAUGAAGGGUUCGUUUAUGGGUUUUCCACGAAGAGGAUCUGUGUAAUGUGAUGAAGGGUUCGUGUAUGGGUGUAUAUAUAGGUUUGCUUCGAGCCAGAGAUAGAGAUUUUCCGGCGUGCAUCUUCGGCCGUAUGUUUGUUUUGUUCGUAUGCUGAUCCCUUGAAACAAAAAAGAAAAAGGAUGGUGUUCUCGGUUUACUAACACGAAAACCGGUUAUGUCGAACCGGAAAACGACCGGUAAUAUCUA